AAAAAUACAUGUUCCACUACGGAGCAACCAAAGGUCCACUUCUCACAGUCUUUACCGCGUUUCCAUGUGUGCAGUUGUAUCCUAACAUAAGCUCCAGCUUUUAGGAGCAGGAUUGAUUUAAUAAAGAGCGGCGCAGAAUAGGUUAAAGAGCGGGGGUCCCGAUUCCUCCUCUCUGUUCGCCAUGAUGAACAAAUGAACUCUCGGGGAAUGAAAUUUAAAUUUCACAAAGGAGAGAAAGUCCUCUGCUUCGAACCAGAUCCAACAAAGGCCAAAGUGCUUUACGAUGCUAAGGUUGUAGAUGUUGUCAGUGGAAAAGAUGAAAAGGGUAGGAAAGUCCCAGAGUAUCUAAUUCACUUUAAUGGUUGGAACAGAAGUUGGGAUAGAUGGGCAGCAGAGGAUCAUGUCCUUCGUGACACGGAUGAAAACCGCACAUUACAACGUAAACUGGCCAGAAAAGCUGUGGCUCGCAUGAGGAGAAAGGGAAGAAGGAAGCGACGCUGUCGUCUGCCUGGUGUUGACUCUGUGUUAAAAACUCUUCCUGAAGAGGAAAAAGAGGAAAAUGAUGACAAUUCUUUAAUUUCGUCUUCUGAAGACAGUGAUGAGGACGAUUCUGAUGACGACGAAUCAUUAAAAAGUGAGGAGAGUGAUCUUGAAGAAACUGCAGAAAUGAACGAGGAUCAGUUCUUACUUGGACAGGUUAGUCCAUCCAUUGCCCAGCUGAUCCAUCUGGAUCAGUCCCUCAGAAAUCCAUGGCAAGGGCCUAUUAAAGAAGAACAAGACGUUCACCCGAAAAAGGACAUGGAGGAUAAAGCAAUAAGCAUAGAAAUACCUGAGGUCUUGAAGAAGAAGCUGGAAGAUGAUUGUUACUACAUUAACAAGAGAAAAAAGCUGGUGAAACUUCCUUGCCAGAUGAAUAUUGUCAACAUCUUGGAGUCCUACGUGAAACAUUUUGCGAUUAAUGCCGCUUUUUCAGCAAAUGAAAGAUGUCGGCAUCAUCUGACCACCCUGCAGAUGAAUCUAAAUCCUCAUUAUGUCCCACCAGAAAAGAAUGUUGAACUUUGUAAAGAAAUGGUGGAUGGUUUGCGGAUUACCUUUGACUUCACACUUCCAAUGAUCCUGCUGUACCCUUAUGAACAUGCCCAGUUCAAGAAGGUGACCUCUUCCAAGUUCUUUCUACCAAUCAAAGACAACUCUGCCAGUUCCAGCAGGAGCCUUGAAGAACUGUCUCCCAGUCCCCCUCCUCUGCACCCCUCCACACCCCAGUCCACGGAUAGCCAGCCCACUGUGAGCGAAGUCUCCACGCCCAAGCGCAAGAAGGCGGAGCCCGAAGCCCUGCAGUCACUACGGAGAUCGACGAGACACGCAUCCGGGGGAGACCGGCUCUCCGAAAGCAGUGCCUCCCCACAGCCCAAGCGCCGUCAUGCAGAGACCCCCGCUCCACUGCCAAAGCUGUUCCUGCAUUUAGACAAGAAAACUCCUGUUCACAGCGGCUCUUCUUCUCCUCUUACACUGACUCCAAGCAAAGAGGGAAGCUCAAUGUUAUCGGGACGGGAAGGGAGGAGAAAUAAUGAAUUAAAUGAGGUGCUGUGUUGGAAACUGACCCCUGACAAUUAUCCACAGAGUGAUCAGCCCCCUCCUCCAUCAUACAUGUAUGGAUCACAACAUCUGCUCCGCCUCUUUGUUAAGCUUCCAGAAAUCCUGGGAAAGAUGCACAUUCCUGACAAAAAUCUGAAGGCUUUAGUGAAGCAUCUGGAGUUGUUCCUGAGGUUUUUGGCAGAGUUCCAUGAGGAUUUCUUUCCUGAAUCUGCGUAUGUAUCUGCGUCAGAGGCCCACUACAGUAUGAAACGCCCACGGGCGAUCUACUGAUUCAGAAAUCAAUAAUGGAAACAGAUUGGAACUUUUCACUUAAUGCACGAUACAUUACGGCUUUUUUGCCCUGUCGCUAACAGCUGAAGGACUUUGAACGACCUUCAUAAAACUAAGAGGCCUAGUACCUUCAUAAAAAAACUGCUGCUUGGACGUGAUAUACAGUGGUGGUGAAGACUGGAACAACAUUUGAUCUUUUUGUCGUUUCUAUGUUGCACUGCAUCCCUUUUUGUCCGAGCCUUGCAUUGACAUUUUAAUGCUAAAUGACUGCAUUCCUCUUCAUGGUGUAGCUGUUCAGUUUGGUUUUUGGGCAGAAAAUGUGGACAAGCAUUACUGUAAAUAUGCUGUUCAUUGUUUCAUUAUUUAAUGUUUUCGGUGGAAGUUUUACGUUGUUUUAAAUACAGUUCCAUGGAGUAGAACCAAUUGUUCGUAAUGGUUUAAUGUAAAGAAACUAUUUAAUUUUCAAUAGGAACUUGAAUAUAUGAAAAAAAAAAACUUUUUCCAGAAGUAUGUUCCUUUCUUAAAUAAACUUGACUUCACAUUGGUUGUUUACAGUACAACAUCUCUUCUGUUAGACUGUUAAAAACAAGCAAGAGUCACAAUUAGAUAAUUUUAAUGACUUCUAGUAUGUGAAUAAAUAACACAGACUACAGGGCAGGUACUUGAUUGCAUAACGUCCUUUUUAUUUCUCUUAAAAUAUUUACAUAUUUGUUAGAACAAAUAUGUCUACAAAAUGGUUCGACAUAGCUGAUCUGUGAUGUUGCCCUCUUGCAUCAGUGCUGUUUUUCAGACUGGCGUUGAAAUGCUUAGAUCCUCUUGCAGCUCUGCUGAGCACAUGGAAGACAACACUUCACAUUAGUGAGUGCAUGAGAUACAAAAUAUAGAGCAGCAGAGUGGCACUGGUAACAGACUAAUACAUACAUGAUAAAUGCAUUUCUGUCGGUUACAUGCACUGUAUUCUGGUAUGUACUUUGCUUGUAUAGACAAGCUGCAAAGUAGUUGCUACAACAGUUAUUGCGAAAAGUGUGCAUUUAUUUAUUACCUGUCAGUAAUAGGAUGAGGUCCUUGCUGAAAUGAACUCGUCUGCAUCCACAAGGAGGGUUGUUGCUGUGUUUAUUGUUGUUGUUGCUGUGUAUUAUUGUUGUUGUUAAUACCAUUAUAAAACACGGUGAACGAUAAUUUUGGUGUUUUACAGUCUUCUACACAGUUGUGGUAUGAGACCUUUGUACAGUAAGAUUGCCUGUGUAUAAGAUUGAACUGCUAACCUGUUUUUAAAAACAAACUCGGCCACCAGUACAGGAAAAAAAACAAUGUCAAUAUCAAAGUGAACAACAAUGGCCUGCAGAGUUUAAGUUUGAUCUACAGAAGACAAGGAGAAAUGUGUGGAACAGCAGAAUACAAGAACUCUUAAGCAACAUAAAUUUUAGUAAGAAAUUACGUCGGCCACAUGCCCUAAGCAGAGUCAAUCAUCCAACUGCACCCUCCAAAAAAGCCAAGAAACUUUUCUACUUAAAUUCUUUGUGAUAAUAUAUGUAGUGACCCCCACCCAAAAAAGAUGUUAAUAAAGUAAAAAUACUGAAGUUUAAAAUGAAUUGUUAAUUUUUUUAAUUCUAUUUUCCAAUGUUCUUCUCAAAACUUCUUCAGUUGUUAAAUACUGCUAGUUCUAACAUUUCUGUCUGGUAUGUCACAACAUAUUAUAACAAAUAAUAUCUUUGGCUUCUGGUGACAUUGAUGAAUCACUCGAGCUAGCACUCUAAUUAUUUCUAUGUUGCCAGAAACCCUCAAUAUAAUUACAGCCUCAUUAUACACAUGAGUGGAUAUUAUUAUUAUUACCUCAAGUAGUUGUUUCUCUGGAUUAAUCCAUACUGGACCCCUUAAGGUGGCUGUCCAGAAUUCUACACUCUACAGUGUAGAAUUCUCUAUACAGUGUUGGCAAUAGUCUGCUAUAGCACAGUACAGUACCUCAAUGUUCGACCCAACCUAAAAGAAAAGUGCUGUUAUUGUAAUAAUUGGAUGUGGAGAUCAAUAAUGUAAUCCUUUUAUUCCAAGCCAACAUAUUGUGCUGUCAUUUUGGCAUUUUAAACGACUAUUUAAUCUGCCAUGAACAAGAAUACAGUCAGUCUUCGAUUUUUAUAUGACGAUUCAAUUUAGUUUUACAACUGUGGAGAGGUAAUAACAGGCAAAUCUGAUUUAAUCUACAGAUUAUGUAAAUAAUCAAGUGUGCAGUACAGCUAUGGUCAAAUGUUUUGCAUCGCCCUAUAGAAUUAACUAAUUUUGCUUCAUAAAGUCGAAUGAAACCUGUUGCAUAAUGUUACGUUAACAUAUUGAAUUACAUACCGAAGAAACAUGAAACAUAAUGGUUCAGGUAGACUCUUGCAAUAUCAUUUUGUAGUUUCUUUGAUUACAUGAUAAAUAAGAGAUAUAUUAUUCUCCUAGUUUCCUCAUUCUCAUAAAAUUCUAGAGGAUGCAACAUUUUUGGCCAAUAACAUUUAUAGUCUAACAAAACAUUUAUUGUAAUAAAAUACAACAUCUAAACACAAGAGAUGGCUCAUAGAAUGUAUUUUACUUAUUCUUUUUUUUUUUCUCUAACUGAACCAUUGAGAUUGUAUUUUCUGGUUGGUAACUUUGGUAUUGUUUAGAAAAACUUUUUUUAAAUUGAAUUUUAUGUAGCCUUACAUCUUCAUUGUCAUUAAUGUGAGGUGUGAAACUCUAAUGCACUGUAAAAUUGUAGUACAGGAAACCUGAUAUGCUUUUAAUGCAGAGAGUUCUGCACAUGUCUCUUUCCGGAGUGCAUCUGUAGCAUUAACAAGCAAGUGGUUGAAGAAGCCACAACAUCAUUCCUAUUUUUGAACGAAUUCCUGUCUAUCUGGUCAAGUAAGGGUCAGAAACCUGUUUCCGCAAUGCUACAUCGUGUAAUUUUGUUAUAGAAAUACAGUCGCAGACAAUAGUGUUGUCACCCUGUGCUGCUUAUACUAGAAUUCAAGGUAAGAGAUUAAGGACAAGCCUUUAGUAAAUGUGAACCACUUUUUAAUAAAUCAAAAAGCAAAAUACACCAUUUCUAGUAAUUUAACCAAUACUCUUAAUCAAAAAAACAAAAAUGCAUUUAAUUUAAAGUAUUCGUUCAUGACAAAAGUAUUGUCACACCUGCUUUAGUAUUUUGUGUGGCCUCCUUUUUCUUUUAUUACAGCUUCUUAACCAGUAUGUUACAUCUUGUUUAUGAAAUCUGGUCCCAUUCUGUCUGGCGUAUUUCCUUCAGCUCAGACAGAUUGGAUACAUAAUGCUUGGCUACAGCUUUUUUCUAAAGUAUUUCAAUUGGAUUGAGAUCUGGUGAUUGCAAAGGCCAUUCCAGAACUUAUCUUUUUGUUUUCUUUAAGAAUUCCUGAGUUGACGUGUUGGAAGAUAAACUGUCUGCCAAUCAGCCUAAAAAACAGAUAUUGUACAUUUGUAGAAUGUUUUGCUACAUGGCUGCAUUCAUUCGAUCUUCAACCACAUGUCUCCAGUCCCUGAACUGCUAAAACACCCCCAUAUCAUCAUCGAACCACCUCCAAACUUAACUGUAGGUACAAGGUUUUCUUUAUUGAAGGUUUUCCUUUUUUUUUUUUUUUUUUUUUUUUUUUUUCUUUCUUUCUUCCUCCAAACAUACUGUGGCCCAUUUUUGGGGAAACUUUCUAUUUUAGUCUCAUCGGACCAGAGAAUUUUGUUGAAUACUUCAGAUUCCUUUUCAUAUUACUUGGGGAAAUUUUUAGACUGGUUGUUUCAUGAAUUUUCUUUAAAAGUGGUAUGCAACUCUUCUGUGUUCAAGUGCCUUUCUAGUUCUUUCAUGCACUAUUAUGUCUGAUGCUUCUAAAUCAAAGUCUCUGGCUGUUAAUCUUUGGAUUUUUUUUUGUUGUUCCGACUAUUCUCCUACCUGCUGUGCCCAUAAUUUUCUUUGGAAGCCCACUUCUUUCCAGCGUUUCAGUUGAAUUUGUUCUGUGGUACUACUUGAUUAUUGCUGUGAUUGUGGAUUUUGGUAUUCCAUAUUUUUGAUACUGUUCUGUGGCCAUUUCCUUUGUUGUAUGAAUGCUUUUCUCAAAUGUGAACCCAACUUGUUUGUCUUGCCCAUGCUGUGUUGUCAAAAUGUUGGAAACAAUUACCUCUUUCUGACUAUUGACUUUUAAUCAAUGAAUAUAUUUUUUAAAUCUGUUAUAUUACAUUUUUACAGACUUAAUGUAAGGUGCCAGUACUUGAACAAAUAUUUGAAGUUGUUUAAGUGCUUAUAUAUAAGAUUGUUUGUUAAACUACCAGAAAUUGUGUAUUUUUGGUGUUCUGUCAUAUUAAUUACUGGGUAAUGUUCACUAAAUGCUUGUAUUUAACAUGUUUUUUUGAGUCUUAUAUUAAGUGUAGGGGGCCAAUACUUUUGUCUACGAUGGUACAUGACCAUCACAGCGUAUUGUGUGUCUUCUCAUUCACACUUAUGAUUUAGAUUUAUUGGGAGACAGUGUAUACAAAGGUCAGAUGGAAAACAUGGUUAACAAACACUUUUUGUUUGGGAGGCUUAGAGGAAGUAGAUUGAAAUCUAUUUGACACCACAUGUAUAUUGUAUAUGAUUCUGAGUGGUUCUUAUUGCAUUUAUAAGAAACAACACCUAUUUGAGUAAUUCUGAGUUAAGGUGUUUCACCUGAGUUAAGGAGCUAUUGUUCAGUUCUAGUUUUCUGCAAUAUACUGGCUAAUAGGCUAUAUCAUCCAAAGUGUCUUUAUAAAAAUAACAGCCAGGGAUCUACCAGUUCAGAUCCAGUUUCCCUUUUUGGUAAUACACCUCCCAGAUAGAUUUGUUGUUUGGUGCCUGGUCACAUCAUACCUAAUAAUGGUUAAUUACUACUGUGGGCUGAGUGCUUUUUCACUCUGAAGUAGCUGCCCUCCUGCUAGGCUUGCAGUUUCUCCCUUUCUUCUGAAGGGUCACUUGUGGGUCUGUCACUGAGUAGUUUUACAUGGUAGAACUGCCAAGAGCAGAUUUGUUUGAUAAAUAAUUAAUCCCGGACCAUAUUUAUUGCAGAUCCAUUUAAUAUUUCACAAGUAUAUUAUCAUUUCAUUAGGUGCACAAGUAUUGUAUUUGUAGGUACAUUGUAGCUGUAGAAUAUGAGGUGUAAUAUGCUAGAAAAACCACAAUGUUAAAUAGUUACAUAUCAAGCUGGAUCUAAUAUUAAAACGAUCACAUGGAAGUUGGGUCUUUUUUAAAUUUACCAGACGUGCCCUCUGCAAUGUCCAAAGUAGAAAAUACAUAAACUAACUAGACAAAAGUUUUAGCUAGUACCUUCAUUCGUGUAAUGCUACGAGUUUUUCCUGAUCUAUUGUGAAAUGUUCUGGAUUCAUGUCUCUUUAAAAAUGUGAAUGUGUUGUACCUCACAGUAUUGAUUUAUGCAAAUGAAAGCCAUGUAUUUUACACUAAGUAUUCAUGUAUUUAGUAAUAUAUUAAAUGUGUUCUCCAUUAUACUUGCCAUCAUAGAGCUGUUAUACCAAGAUAGUGAUGACACUCCAUUCUCUCUAAAGGGUUAAUGAUGUAUGUUACAAGCCUUCACAGGAAGCAUGUUUGCCAUUAAAUGCGUAUUAAGGCACCAUUUGUUUUGGCCCUAUAUAACUAUUUCUAUUAAUCCAGAAUAGUUAUAUAAAUUGUUUUUCUAAAUAUAUUUAAAUAGGGUUUUUUUUAUCAUGAACAAUGUAGUAGUACUAUCUUGUAAGUUCCCUUUCCAAAUAAUAAAAGCAUAGAUAUUGUACUGAGGGGCAAUGAUUGACAUUUUGACAAAGCAAUGUAUGAACCAACAGUUAAUAUCACUAAUAUUGUGCCAUUUUUGUUCCAAGUCCAUUGUGUUGUUAAAGAUCCAGUAUCAUAAUGUAAUCUUAAUUGUAUUGUGCAUGCAUUCUAUUUCAGUUACAAACAAUGUACAUUACUAUGCUGUGUUUUGCCUUUCUCUCGUUCAAGUUACCUGAGCGAAUCCUUUGUGUGUCCGAUUUUAGGUAGCGGAAAUAAAAUCCAGCCACAAAAGUGCAACUUAAAACAA